AUGGGAUUGCAAAGCACCGUUACAAGGAAGGCUUUCCAGGAAACUCCUCCAAAACCUCAGCAGGAAUUAAGUAUAUGGUAUGAACCACAAUUGUAUCCAACAGAAUCACCAAAUUGUGAACGUCGACGAUUACAACGUGCCUAUUGUCUAAUGGAUAAAAAAUAUUUUCAAUCACAGAUUAAAGAAGAAAAAUUAAUGAAACUACCAUUAUGGUAUCUAUUCGAUUCAUCAAUUGGUUCUAAUACUUCUUCGGGUCAUCAAUCAAUGGCUAUUCAAACCAUUCUAUAUCGUAAUGAAAAAAUUGAAUAUCAAUGUCGAUGUAUAAAUGUAACAGCAUCAAAUGAAAUUAAAGGCGAAUUUCAAUGCUCCAAAAUCAUUUUUGAAAGCAAAAUUCAUUUUGAAAUCACAAAAUUAUGCUCCUUGUUGCUCACUCGAAUGAAUUUCUUUUCUCGUCAGAUCCAACUAUUCUCUGACAAUAUCUUGAACAUC